CCCAACAAAAGAGCUUUUUGUGCUUCCAAUAAAAAAGGCCAUCGCGAGUGAAAUCGUAAAAAAACGGGCUGUUAUUCCAAAUCCACGACGAGACAUAAAAAAGAGAAAAGAAAGUAAAAGAAAAACAACCAAGAGGCAAAUAGCGAGAGCAUCGUGAGCGCCCCUGCCCAGGUGGAUGCUCCAAGUGAAGUGGAACCUAGAGGAGGCGAAAGGUGCCAGAGGACGUCCGCGGAAUUGCGCAGUGGGGACGUAAACGUGAAUCAGGUGCGCGGCACCAUGUCGAAUGAGGAUGCCCUCGAUGACGGAGCACGUGCCAGUGGUGUGUCGAGCCUUGGCAUGAACGGAGCCCACAAUCCGCCAGUGCCACAGCCAGCCAGCAUAAACAACAACGCCUCCGGCGCCGUGGACAUAAAUGGGUCAAAAGCCAUCGACGUGAGUGACGACGAAGAGUUUAUCGGUGGUGGUGACAGUGCAAUUGCCACCAGUGCCCCAGCUACGAGCUACUGGGGUUCCCGCGCCAUCUCCAGCCGUGCCGCAUCACCAGCCAUGGAUAAUAUGAGUGAAGUGUCCAGUCAGCUACCGGGAGCACCACUUCCACGCUCCAAAUCCCGCACUGAUUUCGGCGGCGGUGGUAGUAGCAGCAGUCGCUAUGCCAAUGCAUCCUUCUGGAAGGCCCGUAGGGUCUUGUUCUAUCGCAAUGGGGAUCCCUUCUUCCCCGGUGUUGAGUAUCGCUUCAAGCCGGGUCGCGAUGUGGCCACCAUGGAGGCACUCCUGGACAAAAUCUCCCCACGAUUGGAUUUGCCACGCGGCGCCAGGUUCGUCUUCUCCAUGGAUGGGGAUCGGAAGUAUUCUCUGGAGGAACUUGAAGAUGGUGCCUCGUACGUGGUGUCCAGCUUCAAGACAUUCAAGCCAGCAAGCUACGGCAAGAAGAACGGCAUGUGGUACGCAUCGCCCAGCAAUCAGGGCUGGGGUGCUGCAGCAAAAGCCGAACGGAGAAAAUCCUCAAUUAUUGAGGCUGAUGUGAGUCCAUCGGGAGCUGCAGGAGCUGGUCUGAAAGCCAGUGCAGGUCGUGUGAUUCGCAUCAUUAACAAUCUCGAUCACACAGUCCAGUGUCGCGUGCUCCUCAAUCUUCGCACGUCGCAGCCAUUUGAGGAGGUGGUUGAGGAUCUGGGGCAGGUUCUCAAGAUGACUGGGGCAAAGAAGAUGUACACGGGUAGUGGGCAGGAGGUGCGAUCGUUCUCGCAGCUGCGAAAUGAAUUUGCCGACAUGGAUACAUUCUAUUUGUCCCCCGGUGGGAAUCCAGGGACAACACCAGCAUCGCCCGAACGAAGAUCACGUUCCCGGGCGGGUAUGGUGGCGCCCGUUGUGGCAGAUGAGCCACCAAAGGGGACAAUUCGUCAACGGGCACGGAGCAAAAGCCGCCCCAGGGUCCUCUAUGCGCCCGAGAAUGAGAUUGUCCGCUCCAAUCAAGAGUACACAAUCGUCGAUGCUCUCAAAGAGGAACCAACGAAAGUGGUCAUAAAGGGACUGAGAAGGACCUUCUAUCCACCAAUUCAUCACCCAUCGAUCGACAACAGCCCACCGGAUAAGAAGCUUCAGAUCCACUGGGUUCACGGGUACAGAGGAAUAGAUGCUCGUAGGAAUUUGUGGGUACUCCCAUCAGGGGAGCUGCUGUACUACGUAGCUGCUGUUGCUGUACUCCUUGAUAGAGAAGAGGAAGCCCAGCGUCACUACACAGGCCACACAGAGGAUAUAAUGUGCAUGGAUAUUCAUCCAUCGCGUGAACUCGUGGCUUCAGGGCAGAGAGGUGGGCGUGAUAGAAAAUCCCAGGCACAUGUGCGUAUCUGGAGCACUGAAUCCCUACAGACGCUCUAUGUUUUCGGGAUGGGGGAACUCGAUCGUGGCGUUACAUCUGUGGCUUUCUCACAACUGAAUGGAGGAAGCUACGUCCUUGCUGUGGAUGCUGGUCGGGAGAGUAUUUUGUCUGUAUGGCAGUGGCAAUGGGGUCAUUUAUUAGGAAAAGUUGCGACUCUUCAAGAAGGCCUAUCUGGAGCAUGCUUCCAUCCUUUAGAUGAUAAUUUAAUCAUCACACAUGGCCGAGGACACUUGGCGUUCUGGCAUAGACGCAAGGAUGGAUUCUUCGAAAGAACAGACAUCAUCAAGAAUCCUUCACGUACGCACAUUACAAGUAUACAGUUCGAACCAGAUGGUGAUGUUGUUACAGCAGAUAGCGAUGGCUUCAUCACCAUCUAUAGCGUUGAUGCGGAUGGAGCUUAUUUUGUUAGGAUGGAAUUUGAAGCACAUACCAAAGGCAUCAGCUGCUUGGUAAUGCUAUCCGAGGGAACUCUUCUAUCUGGCGGUGAGAAGGAUCGUAAGAUCAUUGCAUGGGAUUCACUGCAAAACUACAAGAGGAUCACAGAAACUAAGCUUCAAGAAUCCGCUGGAGGUGUUCGAACGAUUUAUCCACAGCGCCCAGGACGCAAUGAUGGAAACAUCUACGUUGGAACAACACGAAAUAAUAUCCUCGAAGGUUCCCUUCAGCGUCGUUUCAAUCAAGUUGUCUUUGGGCAUGGCAGACAAUUGUGGGGCCUAGCAGCACAUCCGGAUGAUGAUAUUUUCGCCACAGCAGGACAUGAUAAGAACAUCUGCUUGUGGCGCAAACAGAAGCUCCUGUGGACCUCACAAGUAGCCUACGAAUGCAUCUCCCUUGCCUUCCAUCCAUUUGGUUCGGCUCUUGCAGCUGGUAGCAGUGAAGGGCAUCUUCUUAUAAUGAAUUCCGACAAUGGAGCCUCAAUGCUGACUCUCCGUGUCUGCGGUUCACCACUAAAUUGCAUUGGGUAUAACCUUGCGGGUGAUAUGAUUGCCAUUGGAUCGCAAAAUGGUAGUAUCUACCUAUUCCGCGUGUCACGCGAUGGAUAUUCCUACAAGAAGGUCAACAAGAUCCGCGGAGCUCAGCCACUGACGCACCUUGAUUGGAGUAUUGAUGGGGUUUACCUGCAAACCGUUACAACGGACUUUGAUUUACUCUUCUGGGACGUUAAAUCCCUGUCACCGGAGAAGAGUCCAAUGGCCAUGAAGGAUGUCAAGUGGGCUACAUUUAAUUGCACUGUGGGCUACGUUGUGGCAGGUGUAUGGAAUAAUCGUUACUACUCCUCCAAUUCUACCAUCAUUUCAACAGGAAGUCGUGCCACAGGGCAGGAUAUGUUGAUUUCCGGAGAUGCAGACGGGUACCUCAGGCUGUUUAGAUAUCCCUGCAUUACCCCUAAGGCAGAGUACUCGGAAGCUAAGGUCUACUCUGGAACACUGGCUUGUGCUCGCUUCCUCUGUGGCGAUCGUAUGGUGGUAACUGUUGGUGGGACUGACGCAUCCCUCAUUAUAUGGGAUCUUAUUGAAGAAUAACCUCUGUGGCCCCCGGCGUGGUUCCACACCGCUGCCUCGGAUCACUCACCAUCACCACCAUAUAAGAAUUUAGAGCACCGUCGAAGCACCGUUUCCUCCACCUUUGAGAGUGACACCUCGUGCCUCAAUGGCUUCACCGGCGUCACCCCAUCUUCACGUGGCGCCAUACCGCGAUGGUCCUUUGCAGGCGCACGAUGAUUCACCGGAUGAACAAACUGUGGCUGCUGGCGGCAAUCCGGACUCAGAGGAGGACGGAGUUGAAUAUGCCGUCAUGCUUCCGGAUGCCUUUGCCGUUCUCGAUGUUACAUAGCGUCGGCUGUUGCCUCAUGGCGCCGCGCACGCCCUCCCCCCGACACACUAAUCCACAAAAUGGACAGCAUCACCCAAGGGAACAACAUUCAGGGAACACACGGGGAUCCACUAAAGGAAAUUUCUAAGGUCAGGGCUUAUUUUGUAAUUUGGAAGGAUUUUCUUCGUGAGGAGAGAAUCUCUUUGUUAAUGAAAUUUGUGAGAAAAUUCACAAAAAGGUCCUUAAAUUGAAAGAAAGAAAAAAAUGUAUGGCCUUAGAUUUUCCUUCUUCAGAUCUCUAUCUGGCCCCAAAACCUCCACAAAAAAGUUAGCCUAAUACCAUCAGGCUAUAUAGUACAGAACCACAAACAUUUCCAACAACAACCAAACCAUAUAUAGGAAAGAAAUAGCAAAUGGAAGAGCAAAGAAAAUUCAAAGAGUUUUCUUUGAGGAUUUUUCUUUGAAAAAAAAAAGCUAUUUUCCUACACAUAGAACCUCAAAAA